AUGCCUGCAUCUCAAUGGCAUCAAGUCAACGCCGAGAGCAUCGCCCUACCACAGCUCGGAGCUAUUGAUCUGACCGUUGUCACCGUCGUUUUCAGUUUCCUGUCAUACCUUUAUUUCAAGACGCGGGAGCCAACGGAUUACCCCACUGUGAUCGUGCUUCUCAUUGUCCUCCCUGGCCUACUUGCGUCCCUCUUGACCUCAUCAGAUAUCACACUGCUACGUGCCCUAUUUAUCUCUGUCGCUUUACACAACGGCUUGCUAGCACUCUUCACUCUCGUCUACCGUUUGUCUCCUCUUCAUCCACUCGCUCGAUAUCCAGGCCCCGUGCUAGCGCGCAUCAGCAAGUGGUAUUCCGUAUAUGUGAUUCUCGAGGGCAAGCAGCACAUACACUAUCAACGCUUGCAUGAGCAGUAUGGGCCUGUCGUUCGCGUCGGGCCGAACGAGCUCUCCAUGAACGACCCCGUAGCCGCACACGAUAUGCUCAGUCAUGGCGGCUUACCGAAAGGACCUUUCUGGGAUGGCUGGGGCCAACCCCCAACACUCAUCGCGACACGAGAUGUGGCGGAGCACGCGCACCGCCGCAAAGCCUGGAACCGCGCACUGUCAGCCGCAGCUGUACGCGAUUACGAGGGUACAAUCGCCACGCGCAGCCGGCAGCUCGUCGAGCGGUGGAAGGCCCUCGUAGAAGCGCAAACUAACGAGAAGGCGACAUACAAGUCCGCUCUGAUCGACCUGUCCCGCUGGAUGGGCUUCUUCACGGCCGAUUUCAUGGGCGAUAUGGCGUUCGGCGGUGGAUUCGAGCUCAUUCGAGACGGCGCAGACAUUCAAGGGAUGUGGCACAUCCUGGAGUCCGGCGUCAAGUCCAACGCUAUUCUAGCCCACGUAUCCUGGUUUGCGGUGAUGUACCGGCGCAUCGUGGGCGGAAAUCGGGAGAGGCUGCGUGGUUUCGCGAGAGAGAACGUCCAACGGCGGCUGAAGCUCGGUGCGGACCGCAAGGAUCUGUUCUAUCAUCUGAGCGACGAGGAAGGCUACGAGCCUCGGCCGCUUCCCCCAGAUCAUCUAGCUAGGGUCUGCGCUGAGGGCGUACUCUUUCACGUUCUGAGUGAUCUUCGAGUUCGCAAGCGACUGCAAGAAGAAGUAGAUGCGACGUUCCCCGAUGGACAGGAGCCAUUGGACACACUGAAGUUGAGCAAGAUGGACUUCCUCACUGGCUGCAUCAACGAAUCACUGAGGCUAUACCCGGCUGUCUUGACGGGCUCUCAAAGACGAGUCGAGCGCGGAACCGGCCAGCGAACUCUGGGGACUUGGGUGGUACCCGAAGAGACACAAGUAUUCACGCCGACAUAUGCUAUGCAACGGGACCCGCGCUUCUUCUCCAGCCCUACAGCCUUCGUACCAGAGCGCUGGCUCAAAGAUGGGGGUGCAUCGACGCAUGCCUUCUUGCCAUUUUCGGCCGGUCCCACGACUUGCGCCGGAAAGGCUCUCGCAAUGCUGGAGAUGCGGAUGCUGCUGGUACGGCUUGUGCAGCAAUUCGACUUCGUGAUGCCAACCGGUGAAAUGAGUCGCACAGCUGCAGAGUGGCCGGACACGCUAGAGGACUUCUUUGCCGCUCAUAAGGGGCCCCUCCCUGCAAUCGUGUCCCUUCGACCAUGA